CAGUGCCUCACCCAGGGGGGGUUCCUAUGUUUAUUCCACCAUCGUUCCCCGAGGGUCACUGCAGGUGCCAGAGAGAAGAGGAAGCAUCUGAAUGGCUUAUCUAGACCAGCCAGCUUGUCCUAGACAGUUAGCUCCGCCCUUGGGGUGGGAAGUGCCUAAGAGUGUUCUGAGCAGAAGCUCGCCUCUUCUCUUGCCUCUGCCUCCUGGAUGUUUCCUCCACGGCCAACUGGGCCCAGACCAAGCCUGAAGGAGGCAGCCUGUGAUGGGAGCCCACUCAGAAGACCCCCACCUGUGCUGGGCCUCCCGGCUCCUGGGGUUCAGCAGCCUCGUCCUCACCCUAGGCGCCUUCAGCACUGUGGUCAACGGUUCUGGAACACUUGGAUCUCAAGUGGAGGAUUCUGGAAACAUAGUUUCUCUGAAGGGAACUCAAGGUGGUUCUGUGCCAUUUCAUGUGACCAGACGUCCAGAAUUAGCUCCAGGAGUCAAGCUGGAGAAGAUUUCUUGGGCCAUUAAAUCUGGAAGAAACUACACGAUCAUGCUGCACGUGUCUCCUGGGGAAGAUGUUCCAACAUGGGUCAACUUCCAGGACAAGCUCGAGAAGAGGGUCCAUGUGGUCAACACCACGACCCUGAGGAUUGACAACCUGACCCUUCAGGACAGUGGGCAGUACUGGGCUCGAGUCUCCUUAACUGGAGGAAGAGAAACGAACCGGUAUUUCCACCUCACUGUCUACGAGCCCGUGCCCCGCCCCCAGAUCCUGGGCGAGACUCCAUCCGUCACACCAGACUGGUGCAAUGUCACCCUGGAGUGCCAUGCCCCGGGAACCAGAGAGGACGUGAAUGUGUCCUGGGAGAGCAAGGUCCUCCUCAGGGAGCUGGAGCAGAGAGGGGUCCCACGACCAGCCCCCAACCCCUGGACCCUGGCUCUGAAGCUGCCCCUGAGCCAGCCCAGCCCCAGCAUCACCUGUGUGGUCAGCAACCCGGGGGACCGGAAAACUGCCACCCGGGACCUUGGGGAAGUCUGUGCCCACGGUCCACCUGGGCUGGACGGGUCUGCCCGGCUGCCAGACAUCUUGGCGACUGUUGGUGUCAACGUGGGAUUGAUCGUGGGAGCUUUAGUGGUCUUGCUUCUGGUCAUCGGGGUUACGGCGCGCAUAUGGCUGAUGUGUGACAGGGGCAGGAUCAGAACAGAAAGGUUUAGACUCUGUUGUUAGCGUCAAUGAAAGAGAACACGAGACAGGAGACGGCAGAGAUGAGGGUUCGGGGGAACCACAUCUCGAACAGGAGACACCGCUCACGAGUCUACAGUGAGGUCCGCCACCCAGGCCAGGUCUUGAGGGUGAUUUAACUGGAAGAAGCAGGGAAUCCAGCCUCCCCCCGACACCUCUGUAGUGCGCGUGAUGCCUGAGGCCCUGGUCCUGCCCCCUCCCCCUCUGACUGCUCUCAGCAGGGACCGGAUUCAUCCAACCUCCGUGAAUCUCUAUGCGGACACGUCGUGCACAAGUUGAGCAGAAGACACACAUCGCGGCAGAUCGAGGGGGACCUUCGUCGUUAAUCGAGUCCAAAGCUGUGGUCCGGUUCCGCUCAGCCUCAGCCCCUUUGGCAACUGUAAACGGAGCCCACUCUCCCCACGUGUGUGCCCCGUCCGUCGUCCUGUCCGGACCCUCGGCCUCUGGGACCCAUCGACAUGAAGUCUCCACUUCCAGCCUCGACCGGUUCACCACCAGCCAAUUGUCACUAUGUGCAUUUUCCUUCUGUCUCUCUCCCCCAAUAUAUGUGCAAAUAACCACUUUAAAAAAAAAAAAAACAGAUGAAAUUUGUCUCAGACCUAUUAUGGCUUUGUAAUUUCAGGUUUAAUUUGAAAAAGUUUGUUUUCACUCUGA